CAUAACAAUUAAUCUCUUUUGAUUAUUGUUGGUGACUAUAACAUUUUUCAAGUAGUGUCCAUGGUGUACCACUUUAUAAAGUGUCUCACAGUAUAACUUAAUCAAUUAAAAUAAAAAUGACAAAACAAUCAUGAUUCAUGCUCAUAAUCUGAUUUCUCUGAAAAAGAAACUCAUGUUGGUCAUGAUUUUAUCCCUCAGAGCUUGUCUCAUCUAUUUUCAAUGCCUGAAAGACUGGAAAAGAAAAAUGGAGGGUGAUACAUAUUCAAGCCAUGUCAAUGGAACCCAAACUGAAGGCAAAAUCUUACAAACAUUUCAAAAGAGCUUUGUUCAAGUCCAGAACAUUCUGGAUCAGAAUCGAGUACUCAUCAACGAGAUAAACCAGAAUCACGAGUCUAGGGUGCCAGACAACCUCAGCAGGAAUGUUGGUCUUAUUAAGGAACUCAACAACAACAUUAGAAGAGUUGUUGAUCUUUAUGCUGAUCUUUCAUCUUCCUUCACCAAAUCCAUUGAUGUUUCUUCCGAAGGAGAUUCAAGCGGUGCUGCAAAAUCAGAAGGAAACCUAAGUCACAAACGACACAGACCUCUUUGAGGAUUUUAUUUUAUUUUAUUUUUCAUUUUGAUUUUGGUUCUGUCUGUAUUAUGGUUAUAUUUUAAAUUAAUUAAUAAAUAAAUAUAUGAUUUUUCAA